AAAAUCUAUACGUUCGCGAGUAAAUUGGGUGAUGAUACUGCAUCAUUUCAAUAAUGACAUAUUAAAAGCUGGUGGAAGUAGAUUACUUAUAUUGUGUACUAAGUUCUUUAAAUAAUCAUUAUUAUGGGUGUUCAAGGAAAAAAUAUAGAGGCUAUGGAAGUUGAAAUUACAAAUCCUGAAUCUAAUAAUAGUGAAGGUGAUGUUGGUGAAAAGAAGGAUCUUGAUCUUAUAACUAUUCAUGAUCUUCGAGAACAUACAAGACAAAUUGAGAAAGCUGUUCAAAAUAAAGAACCAAGAUUUAUUUUAAGAGCAUUAAGAGCUUUACCUAACACAAGACGUAAAUUGAAUCCAAUUGUUUUACGUGGUAUUAUAAGUGGAUUUUAUACAAAAUCAGCAACAGAGAAGGAAGCUCUUUUAGGAUGGAUUGAAGAACCAAUGGAUAUGGAAGGUACUCAAGCUGUUAUUCAAAGGUUUAGAAGUUCUGCUAUACCUUUAUUACCAGAAAUCGACUCUUAUAUUCAUUUACUUAUACUUGUAAGAUUAAUUGAUACAAAGAAAUAUAAGGAAGCUGUUCAUUGCUCCGAAGCUCUUAUUAAAAAAGUCAUAGCUCUAAAUCGAAGAACAAUUGAUUUAAUUGCUGCUAAGUGCUAUUUUUAUCAUUCAAGAGCUUAUGAAUUAACAAAUCAAUUAGAUAAAAUUCGUGGUUUUCUUCAUCUUAGAUUACGUACAGCAACACUUCGUAAUGACUUUGAGGGUCAAGCUGUUCUAAUAAACUGUCUGCUACGAAAUUAUUUACAUUACAAUCUUUAUGAUCAAGCAGAUAAAUUAGUUCUAAAAUCCACUUUUCCAGAAACUGCUAGUAAUAAUGAAUGGGCUCGAUUUUUGUAUUAUUUAGGUAGAAUUAAGUCUGCAAGAUUAGAAUAUUCAGCUGCUCAUAAAUAUUUAGUGCAAGCUAUGCGAAAAGCACCACAGUCAACAGCAGUUGGAUUUAGACAAACAGUUCAAAAACUUGCAGUAACUGUAGAACUUUUGCUAGGUGAUAUACCAGAAAGACAAAUUUUUAGACAAGCAGCUUUAAGAAGAGCUCUUGCACCAUACUUUCAACUUACACAAGCUGUACGACUUGGAAAUUUGCAACGUUUCGGUGAAGUACUAGAAAAUUUUGGGCCUCAAUUUAGAUCAGAUCAUACUUUUACUUUAAUUUUAAGAUUAAGACAUAAUGUGAUUAAAACUGCUAUUCGUUCUAUUGGUCUUUCUUAUUCUCGUAUUUCACCUGCUGAUAUUGCUAAAAAAUUAGGGUUAGAUUCAGGAGUAGAUGCAGAAUUUAUAGUUGCCAAAGCAAUUCGUGAUGGUGUUAUAGAAGCUACACUUGAUCCAGAAAAUGGAUAUAUGAGAAGCAAAGAAACAACAGAUAUAUAUUGCACACGAGAACCAUUACUUGCUUUUCACCAGAGAAUAACAUUCUGCUUAGAUUUGCAUAAUCAAAGUGUUAAAGCUAUGCGAUAUCCUCCCAAAUCAUAUGGCAAAGAUCUUGAGUCUGCUGAAGAACGUAGAGAAAGGGAACAACAAGAUUUGGAAUUAGCAAAAGAAAUGGCUGAAGAAGAUGAUGAUGGAUAUCCAUAAAUAAAAAUUAUAAUAGUUAUUAAACUUUGUUUCCAUAA